GAGAUGGUGCAGAGGCAGCGGGGGCACCGGCAGAGCCCCGUCCCACAGCAAGAUUCCAGCCCGGCGUGGAGCUGAGAUGCACAGUUCCAUCCCAGGCCUGGGCAGGGUGAUGGUGUUCCUCGCAGCAGCCCUGGCAUCAGCCUCCUUUGCUAUCCCUGAAGACUGGGGAGAGGAAGGCGUGCAGUAUGGACAGCUGGGGACAGACGUGACCCUGCCAUGCCCCGGUGUCCGUGCCAGCUCACCAGUGCAGUGGAGACGCGCAGGCGCCACGGCGCUGCCAGAGGGCUCAGCCAUCCAGCAGGGAUCCCUGGUGCUGCCAAGGGCCAGCCUGGCCUUGGGCACGUACAGCUGCCAUGGCGAGGAUGGAGGCCUCCUGCACACUGUGUCCCUGCGUCUGGGACACCUGCCUGGAGUUCCCUUUGUGUCCUGCAGAGCAUCUGACUAUGAGAAUUUCUCUUGCUCCUGGACCUCCAGUGUAGAGACCUUCCUCCCUACUAGAUACAUCACCACAUACAGGAAGAAAUCCCUGACAGGCGAAGAAAAGCGGAGGAACAAGAACGGGCACGUGGGGCUGUGCCUGCAGGAUCCAUCCCGGCCCGGCACCUGCACCGUGCACAGGUCAGAGUUCUGGAGCUCCUACCGCCUCAACAUCACCGAGGUGAACCCCCUGGGCUUCAGCUACCGCCUUCUUGAUGUCACCAUGCAGGCCAUCAUUAAGCCAGACCCUCCAGAGGGCUUGGUGGUGGAGCCCAUCCCGCUGGCCCCACGGCGACUCCACGUGAGCUGGAAGUAUCCUUCCUCCUGGCCGAAGGAGCCCCACUUCCAGCUGAGGUUUCGGCUCCAGUACCGACCCGUCAUCCACCGUUCCUGGUCCGUGGUAGAGACGGUGAAUCUGUCUGAGGUUAUCACGGACGCCUUUGCUGGGCUGGAGCACGUGGUCCAAGUCAGUGCCAAGGAUUUCCUGGAUGCGGGGAAUUGGAGCGAGUGGAGUGCUGAGGCCCGAGCAACACCAGUCAGAGACUUGGUCUCCACAGCAAGUGAAGAAACCACUACAGAUACCAGACUGGAGAGCCUGGCUGAGGAGCCCUCCCAGGCUCCCAACCCUGAGCCCAUCAAUCGCAGUGACCCCUUGGAGAAGAUGGCUGUCUUGGUGUCCCUUGGGAUCUUUGCCUUCUUCAUCCUGGCUGCUGUUCUUGUCAUCACCAUCCUCAUCUGGCUCCGGGUGAGAAAACACAGCAAGGACAAGACCAAGCCCAACUUUUUGGUUGCUGCCUCCCACUUGAAGGCACUACCAAAAGCUCAGAUCCUGUAGUGAGCCCUGGCCGAUCCCUGCUCCCUGCACCCGCUUGCCCACGCGUGGGACUUGAGCCACUGCUGGCCCCCAAGGACCCCACGCCUCCCGGGUCACCCCACAGCUGUGGACAUUGCCGGAGCCCCCAGCACCCUGGGGUUGCAGGAUGGAUCCUAAGGAGAGAGGCUCUGCUCUCAGGAGCGUUGGACUGCCUGAGCCCACCAGGAGCCAGCUGGAGUCACUUCAGGCUCAGGGUGACAGGCCAGCUCCAUCUGCGAGCGCUGCUAAACAAAUGGGGAUAAGACACUGAGCCAGCCCCACUUCACUGCCUAGUGUUGAGGGGGACCAUGGGUGUAGGCUCCCGGGGGUGCUGGGCAUCAGUGCCAGACCAAGGGGUGCCUGCCACCCCCCACCAGCCGCCAGCAGGCGGAACAGAACACCCCCUGCCCCUUCCCCUGCCCCAACCCCCCGUGCUGUGGCUGGACGGAGCAGCGAUGCCAAUAAAGGGGAUAUGCCAAUGCUGCCAUUGGCACUGUCCAGGCAAAACCCCUGUGCAGGUGAUGCUGGGCCAAGGGAAGGGUGAGUGCCAGCUUGGGAAUCGUCCUUGCAGGAGGUGCACAGGCAGCAGGGCUGCCUCCCAGACUGUUCAGCUGCCUGGAGGGGCUGAGGCAGCCUGAAAGCUGAGACAGGACCCUCUGCACAGCCCCCCUCGCUCUGCAUGUGGCCCCCUUGCUGCACCCCAACCCAGCCCCUCUAAUGGCUUCCAUCUGUUGGCACCUCCCGACCCCAGUGCUCAGUGCCAGCAGCCCAACGAGAUCCAGAUGGAGCUGGGUGGAAAUUCAGACAGUGACAAUACAUGGAGCACGGGGAGCAGAGCCAGGGUGGGGACCCACCUGGGUCCUGGGGUGCCCGUGACCCUACGAUGCAGAGGGAGCCUGGACUGGGGCACCCAUAAAGGGUCCUUGUGUGGACUGGGUUGGAGGGAACUGGGGCAGGCUGUACCUUUUUUGGUGUGUUGUGUGCCCACAGGCUCCCUGCUGCUCUCUCUGGGUGCCCUGGUUGUGGGAUUUGUGCUUGGCUUUGUGGGGUUGCAGCCCCUCACUGUCCCUCACAAGCACAUGAGAGAGAUGGGGUUCAACCCUCUGUCUGCAGUGUGCUGCUGGAAUGACACUAUCCCUGGUCCAGAGCAGAGCUCUCCACAGGGCAGGUAAGGCAGAUCACCAGUCUGGGGAGGUGUAAAGAGCCAGAUCUUGCCUGGACUUCCAGGCCCAGCAGCCACAUCACCACUCCCAAGUGUAUCCCCAGGUCGACAGCUCCAGCUUUAUCACACUGCCAUCAUCUGCUGGGCUCUGGUCCCCAGCAUCCAACCCAACCAAGGCACAUUCUGAUGUGUCACACAGUCACCCUUGUCUUGGCCUGGUCACCCUUGUCUCUUCUCCGUCCCCAGCAUGGCAUGGGCAGCCUUUAUCAUUGGAAACCUCCUCUUACCACCACCAGAUCCCACUCCUCUGCCACUAUGGAAGGGAUCAGGGCAGUGGUUGUCCAGAGAUGCUGUGGAACACAGGUGAUGUGCAUCCCAUAGCUGUGGCUCCAGUGUUUGCAAAAAUUUUCCCACUAUCUUCCCAGCAAUUCUCAGUAAUAUCCCAGCAUCUGCUGCUGGUUUAGAGCCUGCUCAAGAUGUAGCAGCACAACAGACAGAAAAUGGGAGACAGCAGCUGUGGCCCCUGUAUUCUGCCUGCUUUUAAACUCCAGAAGGUCCAGGCAUGCUCCAAAUAAAAGUUUGUUGCUGCUGGCUGGGGACACCAUAGAUCUGUUGUCCCCAUGUGCCAAGCCCUGUGUCCCCUUCCUUAGCUGGGGUUUGCCUGGCCAGGCAGUAGGGACACCAGUUCUGGUGACCAGGGCAGCUUGAGGGCAGGAGAGGCACAUCUGGUGCUCAUCACUGCAUCCUGCUGCCCAUGGUGCUGGAGGGUGACACCUUUCCUCUCUGAUGUGAGGAGUCACGACCUGCCAUCCAUUUGGCAGCUGGAGAUGCCAAGAACAGGCACAGGAUCUGCAUGCCACCACAAAAUCCUGCCUGCCUGCACUGUGGCUUCCUGCUGGGAUGCCCCCAUGGCUCAGCUCCCUGUACCAGCAGCCUGUAAAUGUGACAGAGACCUUGGGGACCCAAAGGAAGCAGCAAAUUCUGUGCUUUGAGGAAUAAAGAUGCCUGGUGCUGGGUACUGCUCUCCCUGUUGCCAAAGGGGAAGAUGCACUGGUGCUGGACGUGGGCUUUCCAGCAGACUGAAGAUGCAAGGGGAGGGCUGGGGUAAGCAGCAAUCUGGAAUAAAGGAGAGG